AUGACUCGUCUUUCUCCAUUGCCCCUGCUGGCUCUGGGCUCAGUUGCCUUGGCUAGUCAGGAUGCCUUCAAAUCCAAAUGUGCGAAAUUUGCCGAUCAGAUUAACAUUCCCAAUGUGAAGGUUAACUUCGCCGAGUUUGUGCAGGGCGGUACCAACUUGUCCUUGCCGGACAAUCCUACUAGCUGUGGUGCCUUCUCUCAGGUCGUCUCGGUGGACCUAUGCCGAGUUGCUAUGGCCGUUUCUACUUCCAACAGCAGUGAGAUUACAUUGGAAGCUUGGUUCCCUGAAGAGUAUAAAGGUCGAUUCUUGAGCACCGGAAACGGUGGUAUCUCUGGUUGUAUUCAAUACUAUGACCUGGCAUACACAGCUCAAUUAGGCUUCGCCACGGUCGGAGCCAAUAAUGGACACAAUGGCACCUCUGGACAGCCAUUCUACCAACACCCAGAAGUGGUUGAGGAUUAUGCAUACCGCUCUGUCCACACAGGAGUUGUCGUGGGCAAGAAGCUCACCAAACAAUUCUACGACGAGGGCUUCGACAAGAGCUACUACCUGGGAUGCUCAACAGGUGGCCGUCAAGGAUUCAAGUCCGUUCAGAAAUUCCCUAAUGACUUCGACGGUGUGGUUGCCGGUGCCCCAGCUAUCAACCUCAUCAACCUGUUCUCAUGGAGCGCACACUUCUACCCCAUCACCGGCUCUCCCGGGUCCGAGACCUUCCUAACAACCGCCGAAUGGCAGAUCGUCCACGACGAAAUCAUCCGCCAAUGUGACAGCAUCGACGGCGCCAAAGAUGGAAUCAUCGAAGACCCCGAUCUCUGCCGUCCAAUCCUGGAAACCUUAAUCUGCAACCCCCACACCUCGAACAAGACAAGCUGUCUCACCAGCACCCAGAUUAACACCGCCAACCAAGUCCUCGCUCCAUUCUACGGAAUCAACGGCACGCUACUGUACCCUCGCAUGCAGCCUGGCUCUGAGAUGCUAGCCGCCCCCAUCAUGUACAAUGGUUCACCAUUCCCCUACAGCGAAGAUUGGUACCGCUACGUCGUCUACGAGAACCCAUCGUGGAGCGGGAAGAACUUCACUGUUAAAGACGCCGCAGUCGCCCUCGCCCAGAACCCAUACAACCUCCAAACCUGGGAAGGCGAUCUGUCUCCGUUCCAGAAAUCCGGCGGCAAGGUCCUGCACUAUCACGGUCUGCAAGACCAGUUGAUCAGCUCUGAGGAUUCAAAGUGGUAUUACUCCCACGUCUCGCAGACCAUGCAGCUGCCCCCAUCCAAGCUGGAUGAGUUCUACCGCUUCUUCCAAAUUAGCGGUAUGGGUCACUGUGGGGGUGGCGAUGGUGCAUACGGUAUCGGCCAGGGCCUUCGGACUUACGAUGGUACCAAUCCCGAGGAUAAUGUGCUUAUGGCUAUGGUCCAGUGGGUUGAGAAGGGUAUCGCGCCGGAGACGGUUCGUGGUGCGAAGUUUGCUAGCGGGCCUGGUUCUAAGGUUGAGUAUAAGCGCAAGCACUGCAGGUGGCCUCGUCGUAAUGUGUUUAAGGGUCCUGGGAACUAUACUGAUGAGAAUGCUUGGCAGUGCAUUUAG